CCAAACUGCUUGAUAUAAACGCAGAGCAGCGAAGCUCCUUUCAAUUCACUGCGCUCUCUGCUUCCAUCUCUUCACUCUGUUUCUUCAAUUUUCUACGUUUAAUCCUCAUUUCCUUUGAGAAUGUCUUCCUUCAAGAGCAAGUUCCAGGAUGAGCUCAUUGCCAAUGCUGCCUACAUUGGCACUCCUGGAAAGGGUAUCCUUGCUGCUGAUGAAUCAACUGGUACCAUCGGCAAACGUCUAGCAAGUAUCAAUGUUGAGAAUGUUGAACUGAACCGACGUGCGCUCCGGGAACUCCUCUUCCUCACGCCCGGCGCCCUUCAAUAUCUGAGCGGAGUUAUCCUGUAUGAGGAGACUCUGUACCAGAAGACAGCGGCAGGCAAGCCGUUUGUUGAUGUGUUGUUGGAAGGCGGCGUGUUGCCUGGCAUCAAGGUCGACAAGGGUACCGUUGAACUUGCUGGUACUAAUGGCGAGACAACCACACAGGGUCUUGAUGGCCUUGCUCAGCGCUGCCAAAAGUACUACCAAGCCGGUGCUAGGUUCGCCAAAUGGCGCGCUGUCCUCAAGAUUGGCCCAACCGAGCCCUCGCAAUUGUCUAUCAAUGAGAACGCUUAUGGCCUGGCUCGAUACGCUGCCAUCUGCCAGGAGAACGGCCUUGUUCCUAUCGUUGAGCCGGAGAUUCUCGUGGAUGGUCCUCACAGCAUUGAGAAAUGCGCAGAGGUGACAGAGCGUGUUCUUGCUGCUUGUUACAAGGCUCUCAACGAUCACCACGUCCUUCUCGAAGGAACCCUGUUGAAACCCAACAUGGUAACCCCUGGAUCUGACGCUGCCAAGGUUGCUCCAGAAGUGAUCGCUGAGUACACUGUGCGGGCUCUACAACGCACCGUCCCUCCAGCAGUCCCUGCCAUAGUUUUCUUGUCAGGUGGGCAGAGCGAGGAGGAGGCAACCGUGAACCUGAAUGCAAUGAACAAUGUGAAGGGGAAGAAGCCAUGGUCGCUGUCUUUCUCGUUCGGACGUGCCCUUCAACAGAGUACUCUGAAGGCAUGGGCAGGAAAGGAGUCGAAUGUUGUGAAGGCCAGGGCUGCUUUCUUGACAAGGUGCAAGGCCAACUCGGAGGCCACGCUUGGAACGUACAAGGGUGAUGCCAAGCUCAGCGAGGGUGCGGCAGAGAGUCUCCAUGUCAAGGAUUACAAAUACUAAAUAUGGUUGUAUGUUGAGGGACAACAAUAAGCCUUUUGCUUGAGGCAUUGUUGAGUGAGCUGCUCUGCUUUCCUUUUCUUUCCGUUGUAAAACAAAUGAAGACAAAGCUACCGUUAUUUGUGUUACCAAAUAACUCAAAUGAAUCAAUAUCAUUAAUUCUCCUCGAUAA